AUGGCUAUGAAGCGUAUAACUAAAGAGUUACAAGACCUUAAUCGUGAUCCCCCAGCCCAGUGUUCAGCCGGACCAGCUAAUGAUGAUUUAUUUGACUGGCAAGCUACUAUCAUGGGACCAGCUGAAAGUCCAUAUGAAGGUGGUGUUUUCUUUCUGAAAAUAAUAUUCCCCACAGAUUAUCCCUUCAAACCCCCUAAAGUCAGUUUCACUACCAAAAUCUAUCAUCCGAAUAUAAACUCUAAUGGCAGUAUCUGUUUGGAUAUCCUCCGAGGCCAAUGGUCUCCUGCUCUUACAAUAUCGAAAGUUCUGUUAUCAAUCUGCUCAUUAUUGACAGACCCUAAUCCAGAUGAUCCACUGGUUCCAGAAAUCGCACGGCAAUACAAAUCAGAUCGUAAGAAGUAUGAUGCAGUCGCCAAAGAGUGGACACAGAAAUAUGCUAUGUGA